GAGAGAGAGAGAGUGAGUGAGAGAGCGGACGUAUCGUGGGAGCGCGGGCGCCGAUUUAGCAGCGGCGCUCGUCGUCUGUCCUCGUGCGGCACGGCGAACCUCGGGGCGGAUCGCCAGAGCGAGGACGGGAGGAGCCGCUCACGAGAGUGCCAUCGUACCGGGAACAAAGGGGCCAGAGGUCGUGCUCUCCGGGCACGCGCCUACCGCCGACGAAGAGGUGCCACAGGUUCACCUGUUGCGCGGCAGGCGCCACGCGAGGUCGCUCGACCGAGAGGGAGGUGGAGGAGGAGGAGGCGGAGGAGGCUCGGGGCGCCGAGCCAGUGCCAGUGCUGGAUUUAUAAAAGUGCAGUGUGAAUUUUUUCCUCGGUAGCUCGAGCGCCGCCGGAGUGCCAGCCGGAGGAGCCGCGAGCGGCAAGAGGAGGGAAGAGGAGCCCCUCCUCGAGGAGUCUGACGAGGAGCGGUUGUGUGGCCGGGCUUUUUUUUUCCUUUUUUUCCAUUUUUUUCGCCGCGAUCGUUAUUUCCGGUCCUCGAGCACGAGCGCCGAGGAUAAGUGAUUCGGUUGCGGUUGUUGGGGCGCGUACGUGGGUAUCCAUCUAUGCGCCUCGACAGUGAGCCGAGUUCGAGGAGUGUUCUUGGCUUCGACUGCCGGCCGUCACAGGAUAGAUACUAGGGCGAGACCGAACGGAGUCGAGGAUCGGCGUGAGUGAUUCAUAAGACGUGUGGUGAUGCGGUAGUCGCGAGAUACCCGAGGGAAGCCAUGAGGGCGGCCGCCGCCUACGUCCUGCUUCUUGCCCACCUCAUACAGGCGACAACCGGUACCGGAUUCUUCGAGGUGCAGAUCCUCUCGCUGACGAACAAUCGAGGCACGCUGGUGGAUGGGCGAUGCUGCGGCGGGGGCAGGAGCAGCAGCCAGCAGUAUCACCCGUGCACAUCGCCCUGCACUACCACCUUCUGGCUCUGCCUCAAGGAGUACCAGUCCAACGUAACAGCCAUUGGCUCAUGCAGCUUCGGCAAUGUAUCUAGUCAGGCCCUCGGCCAGAACACAUUCACCCUCACCGAGCCUGUCACCCUUCAGUUACACUUCACCUUCCGAUGGACGAGGCAAUUCACGCUGAUCUUGCAAGCGAGGGACGAGGUUAGCGCCGGCGUUAUCGAGGAGGCGAGCUACAGCGGCAUCGUCCUGCCCGGACCGACGUGGCACACUCUCAACCACCAGGGCAGAAACGCGCAUCUCGCUUACCGAGUGAGAGUGCAGUGCGCCGAUCACUACUACAAUGCAACUUGCACCAAGUUCUGCAGGCCGAGGAACGACAUAUUCGGGCACUAUACGUGCGACGAGAACGGCGACAAAGUUUGCAUUCAGGGAUGGAAGGGGGCCGACUGUGAAACUGCUGUAUGUAAGGAGGGCUGCCAUCCUGUGCACGGCCACUGCAAUGUCUCCGGUGAGUGCAAGUGCCGACACGGCUGGCGGGGCGAGCUUUGCGAUCAGUGCACACCCUACCCGGGCUGCAAACACGGCUACUGUAACGGCUCGAGCUGGCAGUGUAUCUGCGACACCAACUGGGGUGGCAUCCUCUGCGACCAGGACCUCAACUAUUGCGGGACCCACGAGCCCUGUCAGAACGGCGGCACCUGCGAGAAUACAGCGCCGGAUCAGUACCGCUGCACGUGCCCCGAGGGUUUCUCCGGACCGACCUGUGAGAAGGUGGACAACCCGUGCGCGGCCAACCCCUGUCUCAAUGGGGCGAGUUGCACCGAGGUAGGCGAGACCGCGAUAUGCAAUUGCACCGAGGGCUUCACGGGCUCGUUCUGCGCCACGGACAUCGACGAGUGCGCCUCCCAGCCGUGCCUCAACGGUGGCAUCUGCGUCGACGGCAGGAAUUCAUUCAGCUGCAACUGCCCACCCGCCUGGCAGGGCACCACCUGCCAGUUUGACGUCGACGAGUGCGCCCUUAAGGAGUCGCCCUGUAAGAACUCCAUCACGUGCUACAACCACGCCGGGGACUACACAUGCAAGUGUCGAAGCGGCUUCACUGGCAAGAACUGCACACGCAACAUCGACGACUGCGUCGGCCAGUGCCAGCACGACGCGCUCUGCAUCGACCUAGUGAACGACUACCACUGCUCCUGCACUCCCGGCUACUCCGGCAAAGAUUGCGAAAUUGACAUUGACGAGUGCGCCUCGAAGCCCUGUCAGAACGGCGGCGAGUGCCGUGACCUCGUUGAUGCCUACGAGUGCGUCUGUCCGGUCGGCUACACGGGCUAUCAGUGCGAGAUCGACCGCGACCAUUGCAGUCCCAACCCCUGCAGAAAUCUGGCCCAGUGCUUCAAUACGCAAACGGACUACUACUGCCACUGCACGUCUCAAUGGCAGGGUAAGAACUGCUCGGAGCCUGCGGCACACAAUCCUCAAUUGAGUCUCCUUGAUGAGAGCCUCGGCUGCGGCAGCGAGGGUACGCCCUGCGCCGGCAGAGGCAGAUGCAGCGCCGGUCAGUGCAUUUGCGAUCCGGGAUACACGGGCGUGCACUGCCACGAGAACAUCAACGACUGUCGGGCCAAUCCUUGCCUCAACGGAGGCACUUGCGUCGACCUCGUCAACUCUUUCCAGUGCAUCUGUAGGGAAGGCUGGACUGGCGACCUCUGUGACCAAGACGUAGACGAAUGCGCCAACUCCCCCUGCCGGAAUAAUGGGACCUGCGUCGACGGCCUCGCCGACUUCAGCUGCAUUUGCCGCAAUGGCUGGAAGGGGAAGACGUGCGCUUUACGGGGCGGCCACUGCGAGCCCGGGACCUGCCGACACGGUGGCACCUGCCAGGACCGCGGCGACGGUUUCGCCUGUCACUGUCCGCCGGGCUGGGAAGGAGCAGCGUGUCACAUCGCCUCGCCAGCCUGCGCCUCCGGACCCUGCGAGAACGGCGCGACUUGCGUAAACAGCGCCGACGGCGGCUAUCGCUGCAUCUGCCGUGAGGGUUUCGAAGGCCCGAAUUGUCGACGCGACGUGGACGACUGUCAGCCGCUGCCCUGCCUCAACGGCGGCCGCUGCGUCGACGGCGUCAAUUGGUUCCGCUGCGAGUGUGCGGCCGGCUUCACCGGCCCCGACUGCCGCAUAAACGUAAACGAGUGCGCGAGCGACCCCUGCGCCCACGGCGCCACCUGCGUAGACGGCAUCGCCGGCUUCUCUUGCCUCUGCCCACCCGGGCGAACCGGACCGCGCUGCGAGCUUCGCGCCCCCGGCGGACCCGGGUGCCCGGCUCCCGGCUGGGACGACGACUGCAACGCCUGCGAGUGCCGCGGCGGCCAGAGUCACUGCAGCAGCGUCUGGUGCGGCCCCGGUAACUGCCUCAACGGCACUGCCUGCCUCGCCCACGAAGUCUGCGUCCCCGCGCCCGGCGAGAGCUGCCUCGUCGCACCCUGCGCCCCUUGGGCCGAGUGCCGCCCUGUCGAGACGGGCCGCCGCGUGGGCCCGCCUGCUCUGCCGGCUCCGCCCUCCUGCUGGCCCGGCCAAGCGACGCCCGGGCCAACCUGCGCCCGGCUGACGAUCCUCUUGCGUCGCGACGCCCUCGCACCCGGCACCUCGGUCGAGCUACUCUGCAGGCGACUCAGGCGGUUGCUCGCGGAUCCCCGACGCUCCCAGACAGUGGUGCUACUCUGCGACCUCAAGCCCGGCGAUAACGACACGAUCGAAGUGACGGCCUUCUCGGAGGCGGCCGCCGCGGCAGCUCGCGAUCUCGGUGAAGCCCUCAGCCGGCCUCUCGCCCUUGCCUCGGUACUCGAGGUCAAGGUCGAGACCGCGCUGCUGAGUAGCGGUGUCGGGGCCGGGCCCGGUGCCGGUGGUGGCUACCUCGCGGCCCUCGGUGGUGCCGCGGGGGCGGGUCUGCUGUUGGCCGUAAUGCUGGGACUGUGGUGCUUGCGCUCGGCGCGACGGAGCUCCGGUCUCACGGCGACGACGAGCAGCGAGACGUCGCUGCACAGGCAUCGGCUGGACCUUGACGAGAAGUCCAACAAUCUGCAGAACGAGGAGAAUCUCAGGCGAUACGCGAAUCCCCUCAAGGAGCCGGACGGUGAGCCUCGGGUCUCGGUCGUACGGCCCCUAUCCGGGCCGUCGCUCGCGGGCCUCGGCACCGGCGAGGAGGGCCUCGAGAUGGUGAGCGAGGAGAGCAGGCACAGGCUGCCGCCCCUCUACAAGCCGCCCUGCGCCGAGAUGCGCAACAACACCGCGAGCUUCAGCUACGAGGAGGGCCCCCACAAGCCCUACAGUAAGCCACGGCUACAGGAGCCACCGUACGCCGGGGCCCACCAUCAGCCAGGUACCAGUCAGGCAAUGUCGACGACGACGACGACGACGGCGGCGGCGGCGGUAGCGGCGGUGGCGGCAGCAGCAGCGGCGGCAGCGGCGAGCCCGCACCAGAUGCUUACCGUGCACGUCUGAAACGAGGAUGGAAAGCGGCCGACCGACCGACGGAGCGAAGCCAUGUAUUAUCAUUAGCGUGUGCGCCAAUGGUGGCCUCUCGAGAUUUUAGCGAAUGGUAGCCACGCGUGAGAAUUACUUAGUUUAAUUGAUCGACGACGACGACCUCGGCCCAGCUCCACGACCUUGCAACUUGAUAGUAUCCCGUAUUACGAUGCUCACGCGAUCAUUCGACAAAAACACUGCUUCUCACGCUCAUUAUCCU